AAUCACGCCACGUAGACUCUCCCGUUCUCGGCGGAGCGCAGCUGGCGGAGGUCGACGCGACGCUCCGCGAUGUCUCUGCUGUGCGUCGGGGUGAAGAAGGCCAAGUAUGAUGGACCCCAAGAGAAAUUCAACACGUACGUGACUCUAAAAGUGCAGAAUGUUAAGAGUACGACCAUCGCCGUUCGGGGCUGCCAGCCCAGCUGGGAGCAAGACUUUAUGUUUGAGAUAAAUCGGUUGGAUCUGGGUCUUACCGUGGAGGUGUGGAAUAAAGGACUGAUCUGGGACACAAUGGUCGGCACCGUUUGGAUUCCACUGCAGAACAUCCGCCAAUCAAACGAGGAGGGACCCGGGGAAUGGCUGACUCUUGAUUCUCAGGUCAUUAUGGCGGAUAACGAAAUCUGUGGCACCAAAGAUCCAACAUUUCACCUUGUUCUUCUGGACACUCGCUUUGAACUGCCACUGGAUAUCCCAGAAGAAGAGGCUCGGUACUGGGCGAAAAAACUGGAGCAGCUCAACGCCAUUCGAGACCAGGAUUAUACAUAUCAGGAGGUUCAGGAGAGACCAUUAUCUGUACCAGGAACACAGUGCUGUAACUGGAGUUUGUGGGGUGACCAGCAGAACAAUGAUCCAGACAGUGCAAUGGAUGACAGAGACAGUGAUUACCGCAGUGAGACCAGUAACAGCAUCCCACCCCCUUAUUACACCACAUCUCAGCCCAACGCCUCAGUCCACCAGUAUCCCAUGAGCCACCAACACCGCAACCCCCGCACCUACUCACGCUCCAUUAACAGCUGUGACCUCAACUACGACAAUCAGAGAGGAGUCAGUCCGACCGGGAGCUAUGCAUCCUCAGCUGAGCUCAGUCGCUGUAGUUCUCAACUGAGUGAAGUAUACGGUGAACGAGAACUUUAUGAUGAGAAUGAUUCUUACCACUCCUGCCACUCGUCCGUGUCCUACAGCAAGGGCUCGCCUGACUGGGAUGAGACGCAGGGCGCAUACAGCGAUGAGUGUGCCUACAGUAAGGAUGGAGGUGAGGAAGGUGCUCUGUAUGAGGAAGAGGAUGGUGACCUGUAUCCAGGAGAGGUGGACAUGUACGAGGGAGAGGAGAACUUCAAUUACGAGGAUGAAGAUCUGUAUCCAUUGGAUGGAGCUCUCAGUGAAGACCAAGGGCCUCCAUUCACACCCACUCCAACCAGUGCUGCCCCAACGCUGGACGUGCCAUCAUCUACCAGACCUCCACUGGAGAAACAGUCCUCGCUACAUCAACAACAACAACCCCAGUCUCAGAUAUCACAGUCUCAAAAUACCAGCCAACCAUCCAAUCAAACGCAAGCCCAACCACCAGUCAAGCCCCUAAACCAGCAAUCCCAGCCGCCCAGACAACAACCGCCUCCCCAACAGCAGUCAUCAGGCCCCAUUCCUUCCGUUCAGUCCUUCUUUGCCAUGGCUAAACCACUGACUGCCGUGUUUGGAUUGGGUGGAUCUACUCCUACACCACCUCCUGCGCCAACAUCUCAACUCCAACCCCAAAUGCAAUCUCAACCUCCAACAACAAAGUCCCAGACACCAACGCCACAACCUCCUGCCCCUACAACCCAACAUAUGCCCCCUACAACAACCAAUGCCCUUGAGCCGCCCAACCUUGCCCCUACAGACAACUCCAAAGCUCCUGCAUCAGACCCUAAACCUCUAACCCCCACAGAGGAGAAACUUCCCACAGUGGAGCUACCUAUGGAGGACGAAUUUCCACUGAAAGAAUACGACUUACCAAUGGAAGAGGCUCCAAAAGAGGAAAUGAAGAUGGAGAGCCCUCCUUGCUCUCCACCUGUGGAAGUAGAGGAACCUGUACCUGAACUUGAGAGUGAACCAGUGAAAGAGGAGCCAAAGGAGCCAGUGGACCCUGCGGUCAGAGCGAAAGAGAACUGGUUAAGACUCUUCGAAAAAGUCCGGCAACAGCUGCAGGAGGCGCGAGGAGAGACAGACUCUCAGUCUCUGUGGUUUGGUAAAGGAGGCGUCAUGGGAGGAGCAUUGUACAGCAUUGACAGCAUGCCCGAUCUACGCAAGAGAAAGACCAUUCCACUGGUCAGAGAUCUGGCUAUGUCUUUAGUACAGAACUCUCGUAAGGCUGGCAUCACGUCUGCUAUGGCCUCUAGUACACUCAACAAUGAGGAACUGAAGAGUCACGUGUAUAAGAAGACUCUUCAAGCUCUGAUCUACCCCAUCUCCUGCACCACUCCGCACAACUUUGAGGUGUGGACGGCCACCACGCCCACCUACUGCUAUGAGUGUGAGGGUCUGCUGUGGGGCAUCGCUCGGCAGGGCAUGCGCUGCUCAGAGUGCGGGGUCAAAUGUCACGACAAGUGUCAGGAUCUGCUCAACGCAGACUGCCUGCAGAGAGCAGCUGAGAAGAGCUCUAAACACGGCGCGGAGGAUCGCACGCAGAACAUCAUCAUGGUUCUGAAGGACCGCAUGAAGAUCCGUGAACGCAACAAACCAGAGAUCUUCGAGCUGAUCCAGGAAGUGUUUGAUGUUGUUAAGGUGACGCACGGAACUCAGAUGAAACAAAUCAAACAGAGCGUUCUGGACGGGACGUCGAAAUGGUCAGCGAAAAUCAGCAUCACAUUGGUUUGUGCUCAGGGUUUGCAGGCGAAGGAUAAGACGGGUUCUAGUGACCCCUACGUUACGGUACAGGUGGGGAAAACCAAGAAAAGAACCAAGACCAUCUACGGAAACCUCAACCCCAUCUGGGACGAGAGCUUCCACUUUGAAUGUCAUAACUCUUCAGACCGGAUAAAGGUGCGUGUUUGGGAUGAAGAUGAUGACAUCAAGUCUCGCGUGAAGCAGCGAUUCAAACGCGAGUCUGAUGACUUUCUGGGACAGACCAUCAUUGAAGUGAGAACACUCAGUGGAGAAAUGGAUGUCUGGUAUAACCUCGACAAGCGCACGGAUAAGUCUGCUGUAUCCGGAGCAAUCCGUAUGCACAUCAGCGUUGAAAUCAAAGGAGAGGAAACUGUAUCUCCAUAUCAUGUCCAGUACACCUGCCUGCAUGAGCACAUUUUUCACUACACUACUGAGAAGCAGAACAACGGCGUGGUGAAGAUCCCUGAUGCCAAAGGCGAUGACGCUUGGAAAGUGUACUUUGAAGAGACAGCACAGGAGAUUGUGGACGAGUUCGCCAUGAGAUACGGAGUGGAAUCGAUCUACCAGGCCAUGACGCAUUUUGCAUGUCUGUCAUCAAAGUACAUGUGUCCCGGUGUACCUGCGGUCAUGAGCACACUGCUGGCAAACAUCAAUGCUUAUUAUGCUCACACGACACAGUCAUCCAACAACGUGUCUGCCUCUGACCGCUUCGCUGCUUCCAACUUUGGGAAAGAGAGGUUUGUGAAACUGUUGGACCAACUGCACAACUCCUUGAGGAUAGAUCUCUCUAUGUACAGGAAUAAUUUCCCAGCCAGUAGUCCUGAGAGGUUGCAGGAUCUGAAGUCCACUGUAGAUCUUCUGACCAGCAUCACAUUCUUCAGGAUGAAGGUCCAAGAACUCCAGAGCCCUCCCAGAGCAAGUCAAGUUGUUAAAGACUGUGUGAAAGCAUGUCUAAACUCUACAUACGAGUACAUCUUUAAUAACUGCCAUGAGCUGUACAGCCGAGAAUAUCAAAAUGACCCUUCCAAGACGGUUCCUCCUGAAGAACAGGGUCCCAGUAUUAAGAACCUAGACUUCUGGUCUAAACUCAUCACACUCAUUGUGUCCAUUAUAGAAGAGGAUAAGAACUCCUACACACCCUGUUUAAACCAGUUUCCGCAGGAGUUGAAUGUGGGCAAGAUCAGUGCAGAGGUGAUGUGGAACAUGUUUGCUCAGGAUAUGAAGUAUGCUAUGGAAGAACAUGAGAAGAACAGACUCUGCAAGAGCGCCGAUUACAUGAAUCUUCACUUCAAAGUGAAAUGGCUCUAUAAUGAAUACUGCAAAGAGCUGCUGUACUUCCAGGACCAAGUACCGGAGUACCCAGCUUGGUUCGAGCCGUUUGUUAUCUUGUGGUUGGAUGAGAAUGAGGAGGUGUCCAGAGACUUCCUGCAUGGUGCUCUGGUCAGAGACACAAAGGAUGGGUUCCAGCAGACGUCUGAGCAUGCGCUCUUCUCCUGUUCGGUGGUGGAUGUGUUUUCUCAGCUCAAUCAGAGCUUUGAGAUCAUCAGGAAGCUGGAGUGUCCCGAUCCUCAGAUCGUCGGGAACUACAUGAAGAGGUUUGCGAAGACUAUUGGAAAUGUUCUUCUGUCAUAUGCUGACAUCAUUUCCAAGGAUUUCCCCAAUCACUGUAAGAAGGAGAAAGUGCCUUGCAUCAUUAUUAAUAAUAUCCAGCAGUUGAGAGUUCAGUUGGAGAAGAUGUUUGAGGCUAUGGGAGGAAAAGACUUAAACGUGGAGGCCAGUGACUUCCUGAAGGAUCUGCAGAUCAAACUGAACAACGUGAUGGAUGAUCUUAGCAGGAUAUUUGCAGUCAGUUUUCAGCCACACAUUGAGGACAGUGUGAGGCAAAUGGGUGAUAUUCUUAGUCAGGUGAAAGGAGCUAACGUACCUGCUAAUGGUAAUGGAAACUUAGCGCAGGACGCCGACAAUGUUCUGCAGCCCAUCAUGGACUUCCUGGACAGCAAUCUGACUCUGUUCGCUAAGAUCUGUGAGAAGACCGUCCUCAAGAGAGUGCUGAAGGAACUGUGGAAACUGGUCAUGAAUACAAUGGAGAAAACCAUCGUCCUUCCACUGUUGACCGACCAAACGGGCACACAGCUCAUCUUUAAUGCUGCUAAAGAAUUGGGUCAGCUCUCCAAACUGAAGGAGCACAUGGUGCGAGAAGAGGCCAAAGCAUUGACCCCUAAACAGUGUGCAGUCAUUGAACUCGCACUGGACACUAUAAAGCAAUACUUCCACGCAGGCGGUGUGGGUUUGAAGAAGACAUUUUUGGAGAAGAGUCCAGAUCUUCAGUCUUUGAGAUAUGCACUGUCACUGUACACACAAGCUACUGAUAAACUCAUCAGGAAAUUUGUCCAUUCGCAGCACACUCAGGUUCAUGGAGGUAAAGGCGUGCGGUACACUCAUAGUGAAGACGUUUACCCAGAGAAGGCCUCAGGCGUGGAUGAUGCAGUUGGUGAGGUUUCAAUGACUGUGGAGAUCUUCAGCGAACCGAACACAGGAGGACACAAAAUCACAGUUAAAGUGGUGUCAGCCAAUGACCUACGCUGGCAGACGCAGGGAAUAUUCCGCCCCUUUGUGGAGGUUUACAUCAUCGGUCCUCACCUGAGUGACAAGAAGAGGAAGUUUGCCACCAAAUCGAAGAACAACAGCUGGUCUCCGAAAUUCAGCGAAUCCUUCCAGUUUGUGCUCGGUAGUGAGCUGGGUCCUGAGGGUUACGAGCUGCAGGUUUGUGUGAAGGAUUAUUGUUUCGCUCGUGAGGAUCGUACCGUCGGCGUGGCCGUUCUGCAGCUGAAGGACUUGACAUCCCGGAGCAGCGCAGCGUGUUGGCUCCCGCUCGGCAAACGCAUUCACAUGGACGAGACGGGUCUCACCGUGCUCCGAAUACUCUCCCAGCGCAACAAUGACGAGGUCGCCAAAGAGUUUGUCAAACUCAAAUCCGACCAGCGCUCGGCGGAGGAGGGCAGAGGAAGCUAAAGCCGCGAGGCUCGACGUACGGCACCCGGCCAGACAUCAGACUGUGAUUUCCUCACAGCCUGAAGGGGCACUAGAGACACACACUGUGCUAAUACAAAAGCAAUCAAGUAUUA